AGGAGCGUUAGCACCGUUUCUAUUUCGAGUCUGACUGACCUACGGUACUGUUGUUAGUGUGGCUGUGGUUUGCUAGACUUUAUCAACCCAAAAUGUCUAAUAUUCGCCCCAUUUCUCAACAAUUACAAGAGGUCGCUAAAAGGGAACUCAACGAAGACGAGUCCCAGGUGGACAGUCAUUUAAAAGUGAUCAGAUCGUGGCUCAUCGAGCUCGACCUGCAGUGCAGUCUUGUCGAUGAUCAGUUUUUGGUGGCAUUUUUGCGAGGAUGCAAAUUUAGUCUCGAGAAGGUGAAGAAAAAGAUUCUUCUGUUUUAUCAAACCCGUUCCGAGCUACCACAAAUCAUCCAAAACCGCGAUCCGUUGGAUAGUGAUGUGCUUAGAAUUAUACGCAUGGGUGUGGGGGUCCCAUUGCCAGAAACAGAGAAACCAACGGAUCCGAAAUUAUUCAUAAUACGUGUUGGCUGUUUCGAUGUCAACCAGUGUACAUUUGCUGACAUCAUAAAGGUGGGUACAAUGAUCAACGAUAUUCUGAUGCGCGAUGACGACCAAAUGGUGAUCUGUGGGAUGGCGCUAAUCAUCGAUCUCAAGGGAGUCACUGCCAACCAUUUGAUGCACUUCGAGAUGGAUCUGUUGCGUAAAGUGGCUAUCUUAAAUCAGGAUGCAUCGCCACUGCGCAUGCAAGGCAUCCACAUACUCCAUCCACCGCCUGGAGCACAAACGGCGUUAAACAUCUUCAAUGGACUACUGUCGGAGAAAAAUCAACAUAAAAGAAUUUAUACACACGGGCGAGAUCUGAAAUCACUGUAUCAGCAUUUCUCGCCUGCAAUACUGCCCAAGGAGUACGGCGGUGAUCUGGAAUCGAUCGAUACACUCGCAAAGCAAUGGGAAUUUAAAUUGGCAGACAAUCGCAGUUACCUCAUCGAUAUGGCUUUAUUGACCUCACAACCUUGCUCUUCGCCAUCCUCGGUAUUGAAAAAUGGUUCCACACAACGCAGCUUCGGAACCGAAGGCAGUUUUAGAAAGCUAGACUUCGACUAGGUGGAAAAACAUUAAUGCAAGUCAAGGUUAUAUUUUGAAUUGAGCGUGGCUUUUUCUAUGGAUUCUUUAAUUAACACUAUUUAUAUAAUUUAAUUCAGUUCGGUUUCCAAAGAUAGCUAUCUAUUAUUAAAACACAUCGAACUAUGCUUGAUUUUCACAUUUGUGUCAGUACUGAAAAAUCCACAAUCCACACAAGUUACAUGAGACGCAUGACAAACGACAAGCUUGACCCUGAUAUGUAUAAUUUACAAGUGGCAUAGUCAUGGACUCGAUAUGUGGAAAUUUAUCGUUUUUAUGUCUAAAAACAUAAUAAAUGUCCGGAAUUUGAACCAA